CAGAGAGAGAACAACGAAUUUAUCAGUGAACAGAAAUACAUUUCAUCUCUGUACAAAUUGCCUUCUGUUCGCCAAUUGACUUUGAAAAGUGUAUUUAGUGCAGAGGAAAAAAUCGCAUGAGUGUGAUUAUGUAUUUAAAAUAUUGCGUCAAGACAGACUCUGUUUGGAUGUGAUUUUAAUUAUAAAUAAAAAGAAAAAUUGAAGAAAUAGCGUAUAAAUAACAGGGAAUCUCUCGCUUGAGAGUGUGAGAAGACUUUGUGUGGCACAGAAAAGCGAAAUGUUGAGUGAUGUCAUUAAAAACAGUCUCAUUGCAAAAGAGAGGGAAAAUGUGAAAAUUUUCUUAAGAAUUUCACAAUAACAAUGCCACAGAGCAGAUGAAAUGUGCGGCAUUGGAAAACAGGUGGAAAAUCACAAAGUUCUCAGGGGAUGAAGACUCUUUCUCUCUCUCUUCUGCCCUUUGCAUACGCGAAAUUUCAACCCCAAAGGAGAGAUUCUACAGCUUCACAAUUAGGAAUAUAAGAAAAGAAAAUUCAUACAACAGUCAAAUCACCCACACCGCGCUCAGCCAAAGUUAGCUGCCGAGUGAAACAAUUCUGAGCCAGAAAUAAUUUCCUAAAUACGUCGAGACAGUGUUUUAAUUAUAAACGCAUUGAGACAUUUAUGUAUAUUGUAUUAAAUAUUUCUCCAUUGAGUGACACAGUGGAUCAGUGUCGAAGAUCUAUAACGUCGGAGUUGUGAAAAUGAUGAGCACUUCACCAAAGUCCUCACUCGCGAAACUUGGAUUGCACUCCAACAAGAGCAAGUCCUUCAAAGUCCUCAUUAUUGGCCACAGUGGAGUCGGGAAGACAGCCAUGGUGGUGAGGUUCAUCACGAAGAGAUUCAUCGGCAGCUACGACAGCAGUGACGAGAAGAUUUACUCCUAUACAACUGUGAUUGAUAAUGAAAUUGUCGCCUUCGACAUUGCAGACCGACCGGGACACUUCAAUACGACAGACUUGGACAAGUACAAGAGCGCAGAGCGAAAGGCUCUGGACUUGGAGACGCAGUGCAGAUGGGCAGACGCCUUCAUCCUUGUCUACUCUGUCACGGACAAGUGCAGCUUCGAUGAGUGCAAUCGCCUCAAAUUUCUCAUAAAUUACAACAAGAGGCGACGCAAACUCACAAACAAGGAGAGUCUGCUGGACGUGCCUGUGAUUCUGGUGGGGAACAAGAACGACCAGUGGGGCGAUCGCAUGGUGUCCAACGAGGAGGGCUACCGGCGCUCCAAGGAGAUCAGCUGCGUGUGCUUCCACGAGAUCUCAGCCCGCGAGAGCGCCGAUCAGGUCAUGGCGGUCUUCCGCGACGCCACGCGCUACUGGCGCGUCCUCAGCAAGUCGCCCAAGCUGAAGCGCUCCACGAGCGAGACCGCCAGCGAACUGGUCGUGAGUCCAGACACCCUAACUCCCUGCCUGCUGCCCAAUGACGGCACCUGCACGCCCACCGCCACGACGCCGACGGUGAAGAGUGAGAAGCGAAUGUCGAUGCUCUUCUUCGGUCGCCUCUGGGCCGAGAGCAGCCCCGAUGAGAACGAGGAGCUGCAGUCCCAAGAGGCUGACACGAAGCAGAACGGCCCAUUCCGGGAGCGCGCCUCCACCGACGGCACCCUCCUCUCGCGCCCCCGCCGAUGGCGCUUCCCACCGCCCACGACCUCCGGAAGCGGUUCCUUGACCCCACAUGCACGCAGCGAGCGCCGCAUGAGCAUCUCGCUGCGUGGCACGAACACCAAUUCCAGUUAUUAAUCCCAGCAGAGAGCAUAGACAUGUUCACCACCCCACAUUUCUAGGGGGGGAAUUCUUGAGCCGCUUGAGGGUUGAUUUGAAGAGCCUUUCACUGAAAAGUGAACGCCGUAAAUUCUGAUGGUCACUAAAUGAACUCAAGGAAGUAUUAUAACUACUGUUAAGACAACACUUAUCCCAGAAUAGUGAGUAACUUUUAUUUUGACCGUUUGAGUACAAUUUGAAGGAGUGUUUUUUGUGGGUGACUUCAAGUGAGCAGAGUGCAUUUGCUGUGACGCAUAUGCUCUGUGACAAUUUCCAUCGCGUUUUCACUCGCUUGUAUGAAUAAAUCAAACUAAAGGGGAAAAGAUAAGCUUAUUAUCACUAUGGAUACAUAACAUAUUUCUACUGUAAUUCCCGUGUUCAUGGAUAUAAGAAGGAUGUUGAGUGUUUUGAUGUUGAGAGGAAGAGUAUUAGUAAAAUAUAUAUAUUUUGUCUGUUGACACUGUA